AUGACAGUCCAAGAUCAGAUCGUUCUCUUCGGAGAUCUGACGUGCGACUAUGUCUCCGGCCUGCGGUCUCUGGUGCCCGUCAGGGAUAACCCGCUUCUAACGUCCUUCUUCGAGAGGGUUGCCUUCGGACUGCGGCAGGAGAUCGGACUGCUCACCACCAGCGAGCAGGCCAAAUUCGUCGGCUUCACCACUUUCCAAGAGCUUCUCGCCGGCGUCCAGCAGGUGUCCAGCCGUCAUCCGGCCCUGGAAAAGGCGUUGGCCUGCACAUAUCAACUAGCCUGCUUCAUCAAGUACCAUACCGCUCCAGGGAGGACGUAUCCCGCCCCGCAGGACACGUGGCUGGUUGGGCUUUGCACUGGGCUCCUGAGUGCGGCCCCAGUCAGCUGCUGUCAGAGCAUCACGGACCUCAUUCCGCUAGCUGCCCACACGGUUCUCGUCGCUUUCCGCGCAGGCCUCUGUGUCGGCGAGGUGCGUAACCGGAUCGAGCCGCAGCCGCAGACUGGUCCUCCCGCGUCCUGGUCCGUGUUGAUUCCGAACUCGGGGGGUGAGGAUCCAGGUCCGGUGAUAGGCCGCUACAAUGAGGAGAAGGGUCUCCCGGCAACGUCCGCUGCGUACAUCAGCUCGUAUGCGAACACGAGUUUCACCCUGAGCGGGCCUCCGACCAGCUUGCAUGAUCUCCUGAACUCUGGCUAUCUGCCCAGCAAGCGAUCCUGCAGCAUCCCAAUCUAUGCACCAUACCAUGCCCCUCAUCUUUAUGGACAGAAAGAUGUGGAGGCCAUUGUCGCGCCGACGCUGCGCUCCGAAUUCCACUCGUACCGCCGUCAGUUCCGUGUGAUAUCGACUGCUGACGGGAAGGAGACCGAGGCGGCCACAUUCGGCGAGGUACUGGAGCACGCGCUGAAAGGCAUCCUGAGGGAGCCGAUUCGUCUCGACCGAGUCGUUAGUUCGCUGGGACAAGCCCUCCGCGACUCCGGACGGGGCGGCAUUGUGCUGCCUAUUGCCACGUUGAUGGGGCAGAGCUUCGCUGGCGCGCUGCAGAAGCACAGCCAGUCAGCCGUGGCCGUGGACCCAAGCAUGAACUUUGCGGCUGCCGUCGACGACAGCGGUGACGGGAGCUCGACAUCGGGCCAUCUUGGCUCCGCGAAGCUGGCCAUCAUUGGCUAUUCCGGUCGCUACCCCGACGCCAGCAACAACGACGAGUUCUGGCAGUUGCUCUACGAGGGCCGUGACGUCGCCAGCAUCACGCCCGAAACCAGGUGGUCGGCGGCGCACGUGGAUCCAACGCUGAAGAGGAAGAACACGAUGGGCACGCCGUACGGUUGCUGGCUGAAGGACCCGGGCCUGUUCGAUGCCAACUUCUUCAUGAUCAGCCCCCGCGAAGCGCCACAGAUCGACCCCGCCCAGCGCCUGGCGCUCAUGACGGCAUAUGAGGCCAUGGAGUUCGCCGGCUUCGUGCCGAACUCGUCGCCUUCCACUCGGCCGGACCGGAUCGGUGUCUUCUACGGCACGACCAGCAAUGACUGGGGAGAGACGAACAGCUCUCAAGACGUGGAUACUUAUUACAUCCCCGGUUCCUGCCGUGCUUUCAUUCCGGGAAGGCAGAAUUUCUUUUACAAGUUCAGCGGACCCAGCUACAGCAUCGACACGGCCUGUUCAUCCAGCCUGGCAGCUCUGCAUCUCGCCUGUAACUCGUUGCUCAGGGGCGACAUAGACACGGCGUUUUGCGGCGGCACGAACGUGCUGACCAACCCGGACAUCACGGCUGGUCUGGAUCGGGGCCACUUCCUCUCCCGGACGGGCAAUUGCAAGACGUUCGACAAUGACGCGGAUGGCUACUGCCGAGGCGAGGGUGUCUGCACGCUGAUCAUCAAACGGCUCGAGGAUGCGAAAGCCGACAACGACCCCAUCUGCGCCGUGAUCCUCGGAGCGUACACCAACCACUCUGCCGAGGCCGAGAGUAUCACUCGCCCGCACGUUGGAGCGCAAAAAGCCAUCUUCGAGAAGGUGCUCACUUCGGCUGCCGUGGAUCCGUACAGCGUGGGUUACGUUGAGAUGCACGGAACAGGAACCCAAGCUGGUGAUGCCCGAGAGAUGAAAUCCGUACUUUCGGUCUUCGCCCCUCCGGAAGCCAGGCCGCGGACCGACGAGGAGCGGCUCUUCUUGGGCUCGGCCAAGGCCAAUGUUGGACACGGCGAGUCCGUCUCGGGCGUCAUUGCUCUGAUCAAAGCUCUCAUGAUGAUGGAGAAAGACACUAUCCCGCCGCACUGCGGGAUCAAGAACAAGAUCAACAGCGGAUUCCCCACCGACCUGCAGCAGAGGAAUGUUCACAUCGCCAUGAAGCCAACCCCCUGGCCACGCCCGGAAGGAGGCGUACGUCGAAUCAUGGUCAACAACUUCUCGGCAGCAGGGGGGAACUCCUCGGUGCUGAUCGAAGACGCGCCCGUGAUCCCCAAGCCUUGCGAGCGCGAUCCACGCUCGGCCCACGUCGUGGCAGUCAGCGCAAAGUCGAGCACGGCGCUGCUCGCCAACAUUAAGUCCCUGCUGAAAUAUCUCGACGAGGCGAAACCGGCGCUGCCGAGCCUGUCGUACACGACGACCGCUCGUCGCAUGCAUCACCCCUACCGCGUCAUGGCGAGCGGCUCCGAGCUGGCUGACAUCCGCGCCGCGUUGCAAAACAAGCUGGACUUGCCUCGCACGCAGCAGAAGUCGCGAGCCGUGCAGCGCGUCGCUUUUGCUUUCACCGGUCAGGGGUCUCAGUACGUAGGCAUGGGGCGCGAGCUGCUCCGGUUCAGCACUUUCCGCCAGGACAUCGACCGGUACGACGCCAUCUCCCAGGCGCUCGGCUUUCCCUCGAUUACGCCGUUGAUCAACCCGCAAAGUGACGGGGACAUUGCCGAGCUGCCGCCCCUGCUCGUGCAGGUCGGAACGACGUGCAUCCAGAUGGCCAUGGCCCGGCUGUGGCGGUCCUGGGGCGUCGAGCCCUGCGCCGUUGUCGGACACAGCCUCGGAGAAUACGCGGCCCUGAACGUGGCCGGCGUCCUUUCCGAAGCCGACACCAUCUUCCUGGUGGGCAAGCGGGCACAGCUACUCCAGGAGAACGUCCCUGCCAACACGCAUGCCAUGCUCGCCGUCAGCACGUCGGUCGACAAGAUCCACGACAUCUGCAAGGGCCUGGAGUACGAGAUCGCCUGCAUCAACGCGCCGACGGAGACCGUCUUGAGCGGAACGGCCGGCCAGAUCGAGCUGGCCCUGCAGCGGGUUGCCACCACCACCGCGUUGCGGAAGACGAAGCUGCAGGUCCCGUUUGCCUUCCACUCGUCGCAGAUGCAGCCGAUCCUCGAGGAGUUCCGUCUGGCCGCGCGCGCCGUCAAGUUCCAGGAGCCCAAGAUUCCCAUCAUCUCGCCGCUGCUCGGGCAGACGCUCUCCUCGAGCGAGCCGUUUGGGACGGAGUAUCUCGCUCGGCACUGCCGCGAGACGGUGAACUUUGUCGGGGGACUCGAGAGUGCGAAGAAGAGCGGGCUGCAGGAGAGCACCAUCUGGAUCGAGAUUGGGGCUCAUCCCGUGGUUUCCGGAUUGCUCCGUGGCAAUUUGGGGUCGGCGACGGUCACUCUCCCGACUCUCCAGCGUGGCAAGGACACCUGGAAGACGCUGACCGCGGGCCUGACGACGCUGUACGAGUCCGGCGUCGACGUCCGCUGGGCCGAAUACCACCGGGACUUCAGCGCCUCGCUCUCCGUCCUCCGCCUCCCGUCCUACAACUGGACGCUCAAGAAUUAUUGGAUGCAGUAUGUCAACGACUGGUCGCUCUACAAAGGCGACGCCCGGUUCCUGCAAGCUGCGCCGGAAAAGGGACUGUCGACCACCUGUGUCCAUCGGCUGGUCGAGGAGAAGAAGGACGGCAACAGGGUGCUUCUCAUCGGAGAGGCCGACGUCCUGCGAGACGACGUUGACCCCCUGGUCCGCGGCCACCGGGUCAACAACGUGCCGCUCGUCACCCCCUCCGUGUACGCCGAGAUGGCUCUCGUGCUCGGCGAGUACCUGCGCAAGCAGCAGCCCCAGCUGGCCGGCGCCAUGGUGGACCUCCAGCACAUGGACGUGCAGAGGCCGUUUGCGACGAAGAGCAAGGGCAAGGGGCCCCAGCUGCUCCAGUGCCACAUCUCGCUCAACUGCGGGACGCUCGAGGCGGCGGUCGAGUUCUGGAGCGUGACGCCCGAAGGCGCCAAGUUGGUCCGCCACGCGCUGGCUACCCUGACCUUCCCGGACAAGGCGCAGGCGCAUGCGGAGGCGCGACAGCGCGCAGGACCCAUCCUGGCGCGGAUGGACGCUGUGGCGGCCAGACUGCAUGCCGACGACCGGGUCCAGAAGCUGACGGGAAAGACAGGGUACCACUUGGUGUCCUCGCUGGCGUCGUACGACCCGGCGUACAUGGGCGUGUCCGCUGUCCUGCUCGACAGCGCCAACCGCGAGGCGGUGGCAACCGUGAAGUUUGACAACCCACCGGCCGCGGGCGACUACUACGUCAACCCGUACCUGAUCGACAACUUCGGCCAGCCGGCCCUGUUCAUCAUGAACGCGAACGACCAGGCCGACCUGAGCAGGGAAGUGUUCGUCAACCACGGGUGGACCUCCCUGCACUUCUACAAGCCCGUCUCGGUGCACUCGACGUACCGGUCCCACGUCAAGAUGGAAGGCCCCAGUGAAGACGGCAUGUACCGCGGGGAUAUGAUCGUCUUCGAUGGCGACAACGACGUGGUGGCGCUGUUCAAGGGGAUCAAGGCGCAAAGCGUCCCGCGGCGGCUGAUGGAUUACAUCGUGCAUAUGCGCGACGACACCAAGUCGGGCAGUCCGGCGGGAGGAACUCUGCACGCAGGCACGCCGGCGCCUGCUUCUUCCUCCGUGCCGGGAGCCGCUGCGGCCGUUGCCAGCGAGGACGCCCAAGCGUCCGGGGAGGGGAAGCAGACUGUGCCCUGGUCCGCGGCGCUCAAGAUCAUCGCGGAGGAGAGCGGCGUGCCUGUGGCGGAGCUGCGUCCCGAAGCGACGUUCGCGGACCUCGGCGUCGACUCGCUUCUCUCGCUUCUGUGCGCCAGCCGGUUCCGCGAGGAGCUCGGGCUGCACUACGAGUCGUCCAUCUUCCUCGAGUAUCCGACUCUGGGCGCGCUCGAGCAGUUCUGGAAGCAGGGCGCGCCCGAGUCCAAGGCUCUCGGGGGCGGCGAUGCUGUCUUGAAGUCCAUGUUCGCCGACAGCCAGAUCACCUCCUCAGACUCUUCGAGCGAGGAAGAUCAGUCCGGGCACACUAGCUCGCCGUCAGCCGAGCCGGUUUCGUCCUCAGCCAGUUCCGACAUUGGCUCAGACCCUUCGUCCGAUAUCGCCGCCACCUCGCUGCUCCUCCAGGGCAACCCGGCGCUCCCGACAACGACCAAAACGCUCUUCCUGCUGCCCGACGGCUCCGGCUCGUGCUCGUCCUACGCCGGCCUCCCGCGCAUCCACCCCUCCGUGGCCGUGGUCGGCGUCAACUGCCCCUUCAUGAAGACGCCCGAGGCGUACACGUGCGGCAUCGAGCCCGUCGCGGACGCCUACAUCCGCGAGAUCCGCCGGCGGCAGCCGCGCGGCCCCUACGCGCUCGGCGGAUGGUCGGUCGGCGGCAUCUUCGCGUACCACGUGGCGCAGCAGCUGGUCGCGGCCGGCGAGGAGGUCACGGAGCUCGUGCUCAUCGACUGCCCGGUGCCGCGCGGCCUCGACCACCUGCCGCGCCGGUACUACGAGUACUGCCGCGACAUCGGCCUGCUCGGCACGGUCGACGGCCAGAAGAAGCGGACGCCCCCGGCGUGGCUGGUGCCGCACUUCGAGGCGUGCGUGAAUAGCUUGCAUGACUAUCACGCGAAGCCGUUCACGCCUGAGGCCGCUGCCCCCAGGACGCAGAUCAUCUGGGCAUGCGAUGCGAUUGACAAACAUCUGGAGCCCAAGUUCGAGCGGAGGCCGGACGAUCCGGAGGGGCUGAAGUUUCUCACGGCGACGAGGACGGACUUUGGGCCGGGCGGUUGGGAGACGUUGUUGCCGGAGCCGUGCAUCGAGCUGGCCAAGAUCACGGACAGUAACCAUUUUUCCAUGAUGCACGGGCAGUGCGUCAGGCGGUUGGCGGAGAUCAUUGAGGGGUUUCUCAUGAUUGGAAACUAA